AUGGUGAAUACUCGGAGUAGACGGGAUACCUUACCAGAGGGUCACGCGGUGACCGAAUCUACCGUGGAUCAACUGCCACGGACCGCGAUCGCAAGAGUACAUCCUAGACAAAACAUCUUGGGCUGUGGAGUUGACCACGUUUCCCAAGUCAAUCUUGCCACCUCUAAUCCCGUAAUGGAAGAAGAAACCCCAGAAUCUAGAAUGAUGGGAUCAAUGAUGAACGCUAUGAACAGAGAAAUGGCCCAGCAACAAGAGUUCUUUCUGAAGUUGUUGGAGGAUAGAGAUGUCAAUAACCGUAAGCACGAAGCGGUUGCCGAAAACGUGACUAUUGUGGGAUCCGGAGGUACGGGAAAUGGAAUUCCAACCCAGGAGCAAGCAACGAUUGAGGCAAGACAAAUGGGUAGAAUUUGCUCUUACAAGACCUUCCUAUGUUGCAAGCCACCGGAAUUUGUGGGGUCGGACGAUCCCGUGGCAUGCAUGAAUUGGCUCCGGGAAAUCGAGCAAGCCUUCCGGGCUUGUGACUGUGAUGAGGGGCAAAAAGUGAAGUUUGGCUCUCAAAUGCUGAGGGGUGCAGCUCUUACCUGGUGGAACAUUGUCAUCUCGACCAUCAAUACUACAGAAUUGACCAAGAUGAGUUGGACCACAUUCAAGAAAAAAGUAAUGGAAGAAUAUUGCAAUGAACAAGAGAUGGAUCGCAUCGAAGAAGAAUUCCGAACCCUUAAAAAGGGAAAUUUGUCAGUAAGAGACUACACCCGACUUUUCAUGGAAAAGUUAAAUUUGGUGGGACAUGUGGCCCCAACGGAGAAAGAUAAGAUGAAAGCCUACCUUAAAGGGCUACCUGCAGACAUGAUGGUAAUGGUUAGGAACUCAAGAGCUUCCACYCUYAGGGAAGCAAUCGAAGAAGCCAAGGUCUUGGAAUCAWCUUAYGUUAAGGGAAAGGAAGAAAGGAUGUCGAGUGGUGAGAAGAGRAAAUGGGAAGGGCCCUAUGCACCAUCYAAAAGKCCAAACCACUUUGGCAACAACAAUCGCGGAACCMAUCCCAAACAAGAGACAAGAUGGUGUCCCAGGUGUCRCAGCAAAYAUCACGGCCCGUGUAACACCAAYGCUACCCCCACCAAAUGCUUUAAGUGUGGGAAGACAKGCCAYACGCRAAACGAGYGUUCAAUCAAGGGACCCAUAURUUUUGAAUGCGGGGAACCRGGCCAUUUCAAGAAUGAUUGCCAAAAGUUGAAAACAGGUGGGAGUCAAGGAAGAAAWGWGGGCGCCCCGAAAGCAACCGGUCGAGCCUUUCAGAUGUYGAGAGAAGAAGCUAAGGCGUCGACRGAUGUAGUGUCGGGUACRUUCCUUGUUAACUCCRUACCUGCUCAUGUACUUUUUGACUCGGGUGCUUCAUGUUCCUUURUGUCCACUGCAUUCUAUCAACACUUGCAUACGCCACCUAGUWCACUAGAGGAUGCGUUAAUCAUAGAGAUAGCAAAUGGUAGUCAARUUUUGGUGCGCRAAAUUGUUAAAGGUUGUGUUUUGGGRAUUGAAGGAAWGGAAUUUCGGGUGAACCUCAUACCCAUGGCUAUAGGCGGAUYCGAUGUCAUUAUUGGGAUGGAYUGGUUGGUAGAGAACCAAGCGGAAAUCUUAUGCUCUAAAAAGMUGAUCCGAAUCCCUUUACYGGAUGGGGAUGYUGUGCUAAUUUACGGAGAAGGAAGGAAAGGAAAUGUAGUACUCUUGUCCACAGCAAAGACACGUAAGUGUCUAGCUAAAGGAUGUUCCUCGUUCAUUGCUUACGUACUGGAUACUAAACUAGAAAAAAGGGGAAUUGAGGAUGUAAAUGUGGUUAAUGAAUUUCUCGACAUAUUCCCUGAAGACUUACCUGGCUUACCACCUGAUAGACAGGUGGAGUUCCGAAUCGAUCUUAUUCCGGGAACCGCCCCUAUUGCUAGAGCCCCUUACCAUUUAGCACCAUCCGAGAUGCAAGAGUUGAUGUCUCAACUGCAAGACCUUCUAGAGAAGGGAUUUGUUAGACCGAGCUCGUCGCCAUGGGGAGCUCCAGUACGUGUGAAAGAAGAUGAUGUAGCAAAGACAGCCUUUAGAACGCGUUAUGGGCACUAUGAAUUCCUGGUUAUGCCCUUCGGUUUGACGAACGCGCCGGCGGUAUUCAUGGACUUGAUGAACCGAGUGUGCCGACCUUUCCUCGACAAGUCAGUGAUAGUAUUCAUCGACGACAUUCUCAUUUAUUCCAAGAACGAAUCAGACCAUGAGCAACAUCUCCGGGAGGUCCUCGAAAUGUUAAGGAAGGAGAAGUUGUAUGCAAAAUUCUCUAAGUGCGACUUUUGGCUGGAAGAGGUGCAAUUCUUAGGUCACGUAGUCACUCGAGAUGGGGUGAAGGUAGACCCAUCCAAGAUCGAGGCAAUGAUGAACUGGGAACCACCAAAGAGCCCUACAGAAAUCCGGAGUUUCUUAGGCCUGGCGGGCUAUUAUAGAAGAUUUAUCCAAGACUUCUCCAAGGUCGCUUCUUCCUUAACGGCGUUGACAAGGAAGAAUGCGAACUUUAUCUGGACCGAGAAACAAGAGCAUGCUUUCAGAACCCUCCAAAAGAAAUUGUGUGAAGCCCCAAUUCUCUCGCUAUCGAAGGGAUCCGAAGACUUCGUAGUCUUUAGCGACGCGUCAAAAAUGGGUUUGGGUUGCGUCUUGAUGCAAAGGGGGAAGGUGAUUGCCUACGCGUCAAGACAACUCAAAGAUCACGAAAAAAAGUACCCCACUCAUGAUUUGGAACUAGCGGCUAUGGUGUUGGCCUUAAAACUUUGGCGACAUUACCUUUAUGGUACCAAGUGCAAACUUUUCACCGAUCACAAGAGUUUGAGGUACAUCUUCGACCAGAAGGAUCUAAACAUGAGGCAACGGCGUUGGCUUGAACUGCUCAAAGACUACGAAUGUGAAUUACUAUACCAUCCGGGUAAGGCAAACGUAGUGGCGGAUGCUUUGAGCCGAAAGGAGUACGAUGGUGGAACGAAAGUUGUGCUUACCAUGAUCGAUAUAGUGUCCAUUAUGAUCGGUCAAAUCAAGGUGGCACAAUCAGAAGCACUCCAAGAAGCAAACCUCAAGAGUGAGGUAAUGUUAAAACAACGUCUUCUACUGGCGGAGGAUGGCCGUGGCUUGAAGUUAUUUCAAGGGCGCAUAUGGGUACCCAAGAUUGGAGGCAAUCGUGAACUAUUACUAGAAGACACACACAAGUCUAAAUACUCCAUUCAUCCGGGUAGCACCAAGAUGUAUCGGGAUUUGAAAUUGACAUAUUGGUGGCCUGUCAUAAAACUGGAUGUGGCUCGUUAUGUAGAAAGGUGCGUGAUUUGUUUGCAGUUGAAAGCGGAACACCAACGACCGUAUGGUAGCCUUCAGUCCUUGGAAAUCCCCGAGUGGAAGUGGGAGCAUAUUACGAUGGAUUUCGUGACUAAACUGCCGAAGACCUUAAGAGGCCAUGAUACGAUAUGGGUAGUGGUGGACCGACUGAUAAAGAGCGCUCAUUUCCUGGCAAUGCGUGAAUCGUUGCCAAUAGAGAAGCUUGCCAAGUUAUACAUCGAUGAAGUAGUCUCGAGGCACGGUUUACCAUUAUCAAUAGUGUCAGAUCGAGAUAGCCGAUUCACCUCCUAUUUCUUGGGCGGCUUAUAA